GCCGUCUCCCGCACGGCUUUCUUUUGGCCCAAAUCUUUCUUUGGUUUUUGCUUUUCUUUGUUCUUCGUUCUUCGAUUAUGUUCGCAUCUUAGAAGAUCGCGGUUUGGGAUUUUUAUGAGGGAUCGGACGAGAGCGGGAGAGCUAGAUCUGUUUCUAUUUUAAGAGAUGUAGGAGGAAAAGUCGGUUUUUUUUUUUGGAAUAUGGGAACUGGAAGACUGUUUUGGGAUUUGAUGACUCCCACCCGUGGCGUUCUGUUGAUUCAACUCGUGCGAAAGUGUUGUCUGUUAUGAGGUUGGAGAAUAGGGCCGGCAAUCGAGAUUUCUCUUGGAGAAACGAGGUUUUUCCUGUGUUAUUCGGGGAAAACUUGGGCUUUUAAGUGCUGAUGGAGAAGAGAGUUGUAGUUUUGAGAUGAUUUUCAGAUCUCAGAUCGUUCCAUGAGAGGUGACAAAAACUGUUUCUCAUGCGGCUCAGCUACAUGGCUGCCUGGUUCUCUUGGAAUCGGAUAUAUGAUAAUUGAGAUCUGAUUUUCAUGCCCAUUCAAUCGCUACACGAGGAUUAGUUGAGCUCUAAUUUGAGAAGGAAAUCAAUAAGAUGCUUUGUGCACAUGCAGCUCUUGCUUUGUUGCACUGAAUUAAAGUGAUUAUAGGAGUUAGAGUUCCAUUUCCCUCUAUCAUAACUUAAAACAAUGCCGGUAUCUGAUCAUGAUGAGCUGGGAGUUAAUCUUCUAGCUCAACAGUCUGGUGACUCUAUUGCAGGUGUUCCCAUCAAGAAAAGACGAUUUAUUUUAUCUCAAUUUUCAUCUCCUCCAACUCAAACGCCAUCUUUGCCACCAGAAGAUUCUGAAAGACCAUGGAAAAAGUCAUAUAUCUCAGAGGCCGAGUCUUCUGCUUCAGACAGUAGUGCCCAGCCUGCUUUAGGGACUGAUUUCAUCACUGAUGGUUCAUUGGAGGCGAAAGGAGAGUCUCUGGAUAACAGAGAUGUAAAUACAGCUUGUAGACUUGAAAAUCAUACGGAGCCUAAUGUUCAGGAAUUGGGGCUUAAGACUGCUACCUCUGCGAUCAAGGGAACCAGUGUUGUGAAAGAUUCAAAUAUGGAUGACAAAUCUGCUUUAUGGUCUGGUAUGCAAAACAAUCAACUUUUAUCAACAGCCAAGAGGCCAUCUGUGCUGCCUGUAGGUGAGAGGAGUGGUGAAGGGAAAUUUGCUUCAAGUGAUAAAUCUGCAUUUCAAAGAGUUGCAUCAAUGUCUGGAUGGCAGUUAGCAUCUUCAAGAGAUGGGAAAGAUGAUGGAGAUGGUUCAGUGAAGCAGGACAAAGUGGAUCACUUAUCAUAUGAUCUGCCUCUGGAUGGGAGGCACACCAUUUAUAACAACUAUAGCAAUUUUAGUUCAAGAGUUGAUCCUGUUCAUCACUAUGUAAACAGGUCAAAUUGGGACUUGAACGUUCCAAUGGACACUUGGGAUUCCUCAGCAAGUGUUUCAGUCAUGGUGCAAGAUGGGCAUGACAGUUCGACUUCCGGAGGUAUCCCCAAGCAAAAGCUCGUGGCACGCUCUGUACAAAUGACUCCUGGAGAAUCAAGUAACAUGCUUCAGAAAAGCAACAACCUCAGGCUGGGCAACUUUUCUAUGAGUUCUGAUGAUCAUAAUGGGGCAGAAGUUGGCCUAGAUUUGCAGCUAAAACCACCCAGUAGACCUGAAUUAUGCAUCAACUGGGGAGCCAUGGCUCCUCCUGAUCUGAGCUUAUCAUUGGCAGGCACUACGACAGAUAUAUCAAGUAAAGCUGUAAAGCCUGAACCUUACGAGGAGGUAAGUCCAAAUGGCACUCGGAAAGUUGAAAUGGUUAGUCUGAAGUCAGUAGAUUUUAGGCAUGUAAAAUCUGAGCCAUGUGAUGGAAGUUCUCAAGACAAAGAUGCCGAAUUAGCGGGUUCUGGAGAGAGAGGCAAAGAUGCCGAAUUAGCAGGUUCUGGAGAGAACAAAUCAGCACGUGCGGGAAUGGUGAAGUCAGAGCCACCAGAAGAGCCUUCUCAAGAAUUCCUUAAGAGACUUACAGGUCAGUCACCUGAUAUGGAGAGUGAUAAUCAUAGAUUAAUGCUGCAUUUUGCGGAGGGGCGUCCACACACAAGCGAAACCAAGGCAAUGGAUUUGAAUUCUGAAGCUGUUUCCGUUAAUGAUGAACUUCAUGAUGGCUCAAAAAUGCCUGCAAGUGCAGAGAUACCUGCAAGUGAAAGUGUAGGUGCUACUGCAGGUUUGGUUCCUGAAGCUGUCAUUCCUGAUUGUACCAAAAAUGACCAUAGAGAAUUGCAUAAUAGCACUUGCCUUUUCCAAGAUGAAGGAAAUGAUAUUAAGAUUUCAGAUUUGGCAUCAAAAUCCCAGAUUUCUGAGGGCAAAGGAUUGAAUUCAGUCAGUGAAACAUGUGAAGUUGCUGGUCAGGCUUCUAACUCACUUACUGAACCUGUAGUUUCUGAUGGGGUGAAAGGGCGUGCAGUAUUUGAUGGUAUGUCUGAAGGUAGUGCAGAAAUGGACUUUUCGGACGAUGAUAAUAUUGUUUCGUCAAAUUUAGUUGCAAUGGAUGAGCAUCAAGUGGAUUCAUAUGGAAACAGCAAGGUAGGUGGAAGUGCUCAGGAGAGGAUUAAUUUAUCUGCUGAUAAUCAAGCAAAACAAAGCAGUUACAAUGAACAUGGAUCAAUUAAUUUUCAUACUGCUCAUGAUGCUAGAGCGAAAACUCUUCAACAGAGAGAUGGUGACGAUGAGUAUGAAGAUGGUAGGGAGAGAAAGUGUUUGUCCAGGAAAGGAAGUAAAGCGGUACUUGAUAAGGAAACCACCGACACCAUUGGACCUACAGAUAUGCCAACAGUGAUGCCAUCAGAUAUGGAUGCAGAGAAAAAAGAAACAGACCCUGAUGAGAUGAAGACUGGUCGCAGUACUGAAAAAAUAAUUAGCGUCUUAUGCAAUAGUAACAAUGAUGUAAACUUGAGUUCAACAAAAGUUGUGCAUGAGUCAUCAGUUAUGGAAGUCCCCAAAGCUGCUUCUAGUAAAACAAAGCUUAUUAAGACCUUUGGUAAGAUCACAGAGAAUCAUCCUCUGAAGGAGAGAGGCUCAGAAAUGAUGGCAAAAUCAACUGGAUCACCUAGUGCAAAAAAAUCUGCAAAAAGUAGUGAGGGUGAUAAAGAUCCCCGACAGGAGAAUCGUAGAGGUUCUGUUCCAUCUGCUAAGCAUUUGAUUUCAUCAAAAAAGUAUUCACCUUUAAAUGGUGUUGCAAUCAAACAUUUUGAUGGUUGGGAUAGGAACAGCCAAAUUAAGAAGGUAACUUCAGCUCCAGAUAGAUCAUCAUUUGGAAAGACUAAAUCUCUUUAUGCCAGGUCAAUUUCUUCUCAAACUGAGAGGGAAAGAUCAACUGAUAAAUCACAUAGGCGGGAGAGGUCGCAUUCUAGGGGGACUAGAAAUGACAGGUGCAGUGACAGGACAUUGAAAUAUGAAAGCGGGAAGAAUGAAGAUCAGCCAGUUGAUAAACAUGGAUCUGACUAUAUUAACAACAGGAAAUCCGACGACCGGUUAGGUGCUUUGUAUUGCAAUCGAAAUUCUGGCCCUCCACGUGAUCCUGAACUUCAUGAUCAGAAAAGUUUCCGAUUUUCAAGGCCUUGUAGUAGAGGUGAAGGUGCCUUUGCUGUCGAAUCAAAUGGUUCUGUGGGUAAUACAGGUAGGAUCUGGAGAAGGCCCCCAGAGGAUGAACCACCACGCCUUUCUCGUUUUCCACCUAGACGGCGGUCUCCUGGACCCAGAGAAGGGCCGGUACCAUUGGAUGCCCAAAUUGCCGGCCCUUCUGUAAGGGAUGUUAGCCCCAGUAGGUAUAUUGGGAGGGAUGUCCCUGAUCCUUUUCUACUGUCUCGUGAAGAGAAGGUCAUGAGGGCUUUGCCAGAUGACAUGAUGGAUCCCUUACCAUUCCCACACCCACGCCUGUUAUAUGAGCGUGUUGACAAUGAUCUCAUCUGGAGACAAAGACGGAGCCACUCACCUAUUAACAGAAGGAUUCCUGCACGUUUACAUCGAGCUCACUCUCCUCAUCAGUGGUCUCCGUCUAGAAGGUCCUCUGAUGCCCUAGAUGGACAUCCAGAACUAUUAAGAUGUAGAUCGCCACCUGUUUUCAGAAUGGACAGGCUGAGAUCACCUCGUCAACAUCCCUGUUUUCCUGAAGAUGUGAUGGUUAGAAGACGUGGUUCUCCUCCUCCUUUCCCUAGAUUACUCGAUGAUAUGAGAGAUAUUCAUCCUUUGGAGGAGCAUGAUUUGCCAAGGCCUGGCAGGGUUUUACAGAGGAACAUCAGGAGGUUUGAUUUGAUUGGCCCUCAUGAGUCUGCUGAUGAGGAGUAUUUCGGACCUUUCCCGGGAAAUCAACUUCAUGAACUUGAGGGGAAUGAUGAAUUUGAUGGGAGAAACAAAUUUGAUGAGAGACGCAAUUUUCUCCAUCCUUUUUUACAGCGACCUGUUGUUUCUGAUGAUGGAGAGAAUUGCCUUCCGUAUCCUGUUGGGGAUGUUCCAAGGCCUAUUAGAUUUUGCCCUGAAGCUGAAGAAAUGUUUCCUGAUAGAGGUGGUCCUCGAGACUUUGAUGGGCGCAUUGGAAACCGGCUUGGGAACAUGCCCAACAGACUGAGAGGCAUGGCAGAGCGAGGUGAUGACUACAGGUACCAUGGUGCACCGGGAUGGCGUGAUGGUGGUUUAAAUGAUGCCAGGUUAAAGAGGAGAAGGCUCUAAUUCUAUAUUAGUACUUUUAGCGAUGAAUCACAUAGGGCUUAUGUAAGCAAUACCUGUUGGGUUUAGAUAUUUACUCGUCAAGUUCGGUCGUUGUUGCUGACCUAUAUUUGAUGCCUUUUGGAGAGUGAGACUUGUGGCUUGUCUCUUGCCAUGGGUAUGUGCAGCUGGGAGCUUUACUGACCAGGUGUUACUUAGUAAUCAAAAGCCUAAAACAAGCAAAAUCCCAAUAAAAUGAUGUGGAGGGUAUGAAGCUGGUAAAUCUUGUAAAUGGCCGAAUUUUACCUACAACUUUUUAAAGAUUCAUCUUCAUCUCCUGGUUAUUACUUUUGGAUUGGAUGGUUUGCAGGUUUGUAUUCAUCUUGGUUAUUUAUGGUCAUACAUGAAAUUUUAUAAGAGCUCAGCAUGUUCAUGUUAUCGUAGUAAACAUGACAUCCAUAGCUACAGCCAGUUUAUACAUACAUGCUCUGGAAUUUAUGAGGUGGGAGUGCCUGUGCCUGCUAAGCUUGUUUAAUUAGUAGGGAAGGCUGAUUUGCUAUGGUGGACUGAGCUUAUGAACUUCUGUUGGCUUUGACUUGGGUAUGAUAAUGUUGGCUCUGCUUCUAAUGGAUGUUCGUGUGCUGUCCUCUGCGAUGCUGGCUUGGGACGCUUCUCUUCCCUUGUUCCUGGAGAGGAGUCCGGCAGCAGUAUUCUUGUAUACGCUCUGCAGCUCCACAGCUAGCGUCAGAAGUUUGCAUCAGAUUGACUAAUCAUGUCUGAAUUUGGCAAUUCUGCUUGGAAACUAAAGUCUUAUGAAUCCAUGUUUAAAUCUCAGAAAAGUUUGUAUGUGGUGGACCCUUCCUUUUAUAAUAUACAACCUUGUCAGAUUUAUGCGAAAAGAUCGUGGCAAUUGAUAUCAUUGUUAGUCAUUGCUGAUUCCAUUGGCCAACUUGUCAGAAUCUUGUGUAUGGCUUCAUGAAUUGGCUUGGCUGUUAGAA